AUGAAAGCCUCAUUCUCCGCCUUUUCACUCCCACUGCGCCGGCUCAACACGCGACCAUGGACGCCAGGGUGGACUUGCGCCACCUGCCGCACCCAAUUGAGCCGGCCUAAGUCGCCUCAGACCAUCACCUUCCGAGCAAAGUAUUCCUCGAGGGCUUGGACAAAGGGGAGACCAAAUACUCGCAAUGGCCGAAAGGGUGUUCUCCUUCUCGCCUCGACAGGUGGCGCUGCAACAGCCGGCGUGCUAGCCUUUACCGACGAUAUCAAGUACGGAUACGAUGCUGCAGAGCGAGCUGGGCGAGUCGCGGCAGCGCUUGCUGUCUGCAUCAACGAUUACCGCACAACCUUGAACCAACGAGACUCCGAAUAUGAUGAAGACAUCCGUUCGAAACUUUUGAGCGACUGUCAUACAAGAUGUGCCAGAAGGACUCUCAAGGUCCUGGAGAAGAAUGGAGGCAUCUUCAUCAAAUUAGGCCAACAUUUGAGUGGACGACUACCUUUAUCGCCGCUCAAGACAAAUGCCCCGUCUCGUCGUACGAUCAAUGAACAUAUGUUCCGCAAGGAUACUGGCCAAGGGAUUCUCGACUUCUUCAGCGAGUUUUCUCUUGAGCAAUCGGCGCUGCGUCACUGGCUCAAGUUUACUUUCUCGAUGCUGAAGCGCUUCUUUCCCGAAUACGAUCUAGAGUGGCUCUCCUCCGAAAUGGACGUAUCCUUACCGAAGGAACUAGACUUCACAGAAGAGGCGGAGAACGCUAGACGCACUCAGCAGCACUUUGCCCGUCUCCCAGAGCACCCUCUUGUGGUCCCUGAUGUCCUCUGGGCCAAGCAGCGCAUCCUUGUCAUGGCUCGCGAAUCCGGCCACCGCCUAGAUGACCUCGAAUACCUCGACGCCAAUGGUAUUGACCGUGAUGAAGUCUCGGCGUGCCUGGCACGCGUCUUCAACGAGAUGAUUUUUGGCUCUGGCGCUCCUCUUCACUGCGAUCCUCAUGGCGGCAACCUCGCCAUUCGCAAAAACGACGCGCGCGGUCGCCGCGUUGGCGGUCAUAAUUUUGACAUCAUUCUCUACGACCACGGGCUGUAUCGCGAGAUCCCUCGUGACCUGCAGCGCUCCUAUGCUAAGAUGUGGCUGGCCGUCAUCGAUGGCGACAUGGACCGCAUGCGCCGUUACGCGAAAGAGGUAGCCCACAUCACUGACGAGCAGUUCCCGAUCUUCGCGUCCGCAAUCACGGGCCGCGACUUCGGCAUUCUCUCCGGAAAGAACGCCAGCGACCAGGACGGCAAGGAUGCGGGCGCCUCCAUCUUGCAGACGCGCACCGCCGAUGAGAAGAAGGAGAUGGGGGAUGCUCUUUCCGAGGGUCUGCUGGCCGACCUUGUCCAGCUCCUGGGUCAGGUUCCGCGCAUCAUCCUCCUCAUCCUCAAGACAAACGAUCUCACACGUGCCCUUGAUGAGAACCUUCACACCCGCCAGGGUCCGAUCCGCACAUUCAUGAUCCUAGCACGCUACUGUACGCGCACCGUCUUCGAGGAGCAGGUCGAGGAGCUGAAGAAGCAGGGCUCUUUAUUUUGGCCGCCAAACACCAUUCGACUUGCUGCCGCCUGGGUCGGCUUUUUGCGCGUCGAGAUCAAGUUGGAAGCGUUUGAGCUCUGGCUGAGUGUCAAGAGGGCCCUGGGGUGGAAGAAUGCUGAAUUUGCCGGCCCUGGUCUUUGA